AUGUUGUUCGCAGUCUUCUUCGCCUUUUGGCGCUUUAUGCAGAUCCUCACAUUGAUCCCAACCAUGGGCAUGCUUGCUUGGUUCGUCCACGGCUAUGUUGAAAACAAUGCGCUGACACCAAACUAUAUUUUGGUCUUGUUCAUUGUUUCGGUGCUCGGUCUGGCUUGGGCCAUCUUCACCCUGUUCAGUUACCACCGCUCGUCGAACAAUGCGCUCUUCGUGUCUAUCAUCGACUUGGGUUUCGUCGGGGCCUUCAUCGCCUCUGUCUGGUAUCUGCGUGACAUAGCUUCCGCUGACUGCGUCAACGUCAACACCAGCAGCGGCUUUGACGUAUACUUUGGGCCCUUCGGUUCCGCUCACUCCAACUACGGCAUCGACACCACUGUGAACAAGACCUGCGCCAUGCUCAAAGCUUGUUUCGCCUUUGGCAUCAUGAACUGCGUCUUCUUCUUCUUCACCGCCAUCCUGGCCUGGUUCCACGGAGACCGCACAAGCAGCGCCGACCGCAAGACAUACUACCGAGAGACACACUACCACCGUCACGGGCACCGUUCCAGUCGCAGCCCUCAUAGCCGUCGAAGCUCCCACCACUCUCAUCGCCGCGUCUACGUAUAA